UAUAAAAAAAAAAUGAAAUAGUUACUUAUAUUUAUGCCUCGAUUCGAUUUGUCGCAUUUUAUUCGAUAACUCGAAUAAUAAUAUAAUUUCUUAGAAAAUUUGGUUAAUGCAAUAUUAUAUCGAGGCAAGAACAAGAACAAGAAAUAAAUGCAUUUUUUAUUCGUUCAAUCGUUAUUAGAUUAUAGCAAUUUAAAAUCCGUCAUCGUUGUAGUCGUGUAAUCAUUUUUAUUUUGUAAAACAACUUAAGUAUUAAAGAAUAUUUUUUUUACGUUGUCGUGGACUUUUUGUAAUUUUGUCGAUAACGUGUACGAUUUGAAGUGUUCUAUCAUUUGGCUUUGCGAGCAAACUAGAAACUAACUAUAAUAUCUAAUUAAGGGGUACGUCGACCAAACUGCAAACAUGAAGUGUACCGAUUGUGGUUCUCUGCACCUCGACUCCAGCGAUGGACCGACCGUGUGCAUGGACUGCGGAGGCGUUAUGGACGAGUCCAAUAUUGUGUCCGAGGUUCAGUUUGAAGAAACCGAUCACGGGUCCCGUGCCGUCGGACAGUUUUUGUCUUCGGAUUCGCAAGCCGCUAAUUUUCACAACUUUGGCAGCGCUUUCCACCAUGGCAUGAAGCAACCUUCGCGUGAAAUGACUCAAGCGAAAGCAAGGCGAGGCAUACAAGUGCUGAGCAAUAGUCUUAAUCUUAGUCCUCAGACUCUUGAAAACGCCUGUGUUUACUAUAACAUGGCGUUAAAGAGACAUUUCACUCGAGGCAGAAAGAACGCUUUGAUUUACGCGGCUUCGGUGUACAUAGCAUGUAGGAUGGAAGGCACCAUGCACAUGCUCUUGGACGUGGCCGAUGCGAGCGAGGUUAACGCAUUCGAGUUGGGCAAAACUUACUUGAGAAUGAUGCAGACGCUAAGUUUGACCGUGCCGAGUCUCGAUCCUAGCAUAUUUUUAAUGCGAUUCGUCAACUCAUUGGAUUUCGGUGACAAAACUCAUAUUGUCUACACGACGGCCAUGCGAUUGUUACAAAGGAUGAUGAGAGAUUCCAUACACACGGGUAGACGACCGUCGAGUUUGUGCGGUGCAGCUUUGUUGAUUGCGGGUCGUAUGCACGAUUUUAAUCGGACCACCGACGAUAUUAUCAAAGUCGUACAUUGCCAUCACGCCACGUUGAAGAAACGUUUAUUGGAAUUCAAAGACACGCCUUCCAGCAUGCUGUCCAUAGAACAGUUUAUGACCGUCGAUUUAGAAGAAACCCACGAUCCCCCGUCGUACAGAAUCGCUCGUGCAAAAGACAAGGAGCGCAUUGACAAGUUUUUCGAGGCCAACGACAACGAGAAAUUUAUCGACGAAGUGAAAACGGCCAUUGAAAAAGAACUGUGUAAGAAAAAAAACACUAGAGUUUUCGGCGUUAACUUGGCUGAAAUCGAAGCGGAAUCUACUGAGGCAAAUUUGGACGUCAAACCAGCCAGUGUGGGCCCGUCGUUGGAAAUCAUGGGUUUAUCUGAAAACAAGCGUACGUACGAAGAUGACGACGAAGAAGUGACGAUGUAUGUCGACGACAUAGAUGAAGACGAGAUUGAUUCAUAUAUACUGUCAAAAGAUGGCCACCAAAUGAAAAAAGACAUGUGGAUGAAAAUGCAUGGGUCGGCUUACAGACAAAUACAAAUCAACAGAGAAGAGCGAGCUAAGAAUCCCAAAUUUAUGAAAGCCAAAGAGAAAAAACUCAAAGACUCGUUAAGGACGCCGGCGAAGACGGCGGCCGAAGCCGUGGAACGUGUGUUGAAAAAGAAGAAACUGUCUUCGAAGAUAAAUUACGACAUCCUCGACAAUCUCGAUACUUUUGUCAAUAACGAUUCGUCGUCCUUACCCGACUUGCCUUGAUUUGGUUAAACUAUUUAAUACCUAUUAUUUUUAAUUUUUUUAAAUAAAAUACAUGAAUUGUA